CGAGUGACGGUGGAGGAGCAGCGGGCUCGGCUCCUAAAAGCCCGUGUGUGUCUGUGCUUGGGAGCCGGCGAGACGGACAGAAGUCGUUGAGACUUCUCUCUUGGAACCUCUGUGCCGAGAAUCCGAUGUUGGGCUCGGCUACCUGGCUGAACGCAGCAGAUCAGCCCAUGAAAACUUCUAUUCCUAGCCAAAGGAAGGAAUCCAGCAAAAGACAGCACCUACUUUUCCAGGCUUGGAAGCAAGAAAGAGGACAGGAUUUGGAGAGUGUGGAAUCCGAAAAGACAAGCGAAAGGUGACACUUAAGUUGAAGAUGGGUGGUGGAGAAAGGUUCAACAUUCCAGUUCCACAAGCUAGAAAUACCACCAAGAACCAUCAACAACUUAAAAACAGGCAGAAGAAUAAAGAUCAGAACUCUCAGAUGAAGAUGACCUAUAUGAAGAAAGAAAGAGGACAUGGAUGCAACUCAUCACCUGCUGCAUGGCAGGCCAUGCAGAAAGGGGGAAAGAACAAUGUUCAUUUCCCCAAUAAUCAAAAUUGGAGUCCUAAUUUAUCAAAUUCCAACUUGUUUUUCACACCUCAAACCAAUCAGAACUAUGCUGGUGCAAAAUUUAGUGAGCCACCCUCACCAAGUGUUCUUCCUAAGCCACCAAGCCACUGGGUACCCGUUUCUUUUAAACCUUCUGAUAAAGAAAUAAUGACAUUUCAGCUUAAAACAUUACUUAAAGUCCAGGCCUGAGAUGUAACUUUUCAUAUUUUUAGUUACUUAAAUUUACAGGGUUUCAAAUUUGAGAAUAGGCAUUCAUAACUCCAGAUGUACAGGUAUAUGGA